AUGGCCGAUAUCGCUGAUAAGAUCAUUCGAUUCACGAACGUCACUGGUGCUCCGCAAAAGUUCGUCAAGGCCUUGAAACAGAGGUCCCCAGAACUACGGGCUAUCGCCGAGAAAUUCAGGCAGAUCGUCAACCAAAGGCGGAUGCCCAUCGCCAGCUUUUACGAGCUCCACGCCUUCACUGCGAUUCCUUGCAUGAACUUUGUCGUGGUCACGAAAGAUUCCGCGAUCUUGCAUAUACCUAGUGAAAGGUUGUACGGCGCUGAGCGCAACCAUCGUAAUAUCGCGAAAUUCGAGAACACAGACGACGAAGUCUUCCAACAAGUGGUUGACAGUCUCGCGUUCUUCAUGAAGAACGGGACUGUCUCAAGCAACGCUCGUGUCUUCAUUCCUUGGGACACCAUGUUCCUUCGCGCGCGGCUCUGUUCUAAGCGACUUCCUCUUGAAUACUAUAAGCCCGGGAGACUCUAUGAAGGCUGCAAAGCUGCAGACACAUUCUUGGAAUCACUUGAGGCGGAGCGCGAUCGACAAGGGUGGACGAACCGGGACAAUGAUGAAGUGGGGAUCCUCAGAGCCCUGACCGUUGAACAUCACCCCCCGGAGCCGGAAUUGUCACCGAGGGAACGAUGGCAGAAGCGUGCCGACUUCAUCGAUGCAUGGAAGCCGCUGCACCCCAACCACCCUUCGACGUUAGAGAAUUACAUUGUUGGGCUUGGGCUCCGGAUGCGCGGCAAGCUUGCCAAGGACUUCGGGCAAUUCAAGGAAGCUUACUUCGGCUUGAAAGAGUACUGUGAGCUAUAUGCAGAAAGAGGCAGCCGUGAAGAAGGCUGGGCGAUCGGCGACUUCGGGCAGCUGGUGGUCGAGCUCGAGGAAACCGAAGAUGGUAAAGAGAUCUUGGCCGACCUUGCUGCCCAUGGCACCAACUUCGGCGAGAAGGUACCUCUGACCGAGUGUGCACGGGCCUGCGAUCUCUCUUCUUAA